GGAGACUCGCCUGAUGACUUAGAUUAUGGUGACGACAUAGUCCUAUUCGGUGUAGACGUUGACAAAAUACAGUCUUCUGACUACCCUACGCAAGAAUGCAAGCAUGUUCGGGAUGCGGUCUUCCAACUCGAAAUGUAAAAUGUUGUUUCAUGAUUAAGUUGCAUCGGUACCUGGACUAGUGAUAGAGAAGGACGUUGUUGAGCGUGUCAACCGCUUCACUUAUCUUGGUAGUCUCCUGAGUACUCAUGUCCUGGUGACCGACGAAAUCUCAGCACGGAUACACAAGGCUGGACUGGCUUUUUCCAACCUGCACCACAUAUGGCGUAGGCGAGAUACCAGUAUGUUGACUAAAGGACGAGUGUACUGCGCAGUAGUUCGCUCCGUCCUACUUCAUGGCUGUGGAACGUCACCAGCCAGAGUAGAAGAUAUUCGUGGGUUACUGGCUUUCGAUAAUAGGUACCUCCAAAGUAGUGCUCGUGUAUCAUGGAACAAGUGAGUAAGCAAUGCCGUCGUUAGGAAACGAGUACUAGUUAAGGAUGGUAGGUCAAUAGACGAAGUAUUGAAAGUUCAUCAGUUGAGGUGGUUGGGACAUGUGUUACGAAUACCCUACCACCAACUGCCUCGACGAGCUAUGUUUUGUGGUGUAGGAGUAGGUUGGAAGAAAGCCAGGGGCGGCCAAAGCAAAACAUGGCAUAAAUCCAUGGAGUCACUGACAACUGGAUUGGGUCGUGUUGGUAGAUGUAGACUACCUGGUUGGGGUGCGCGAGUAACCGAUGAUUAGAGACGUUGAAGAACAUGGCUCAGAAUUAUUUUCAACGGUGCAGGUGCAUCCACUCUUUGUGUUCUCUCAAAUUCUAACCCUCUAAAUUCCUCAUCAUCUCUAUCUUCUCGUUCUAAAUUUUUUUCGGUGAAUUAUACUUCUUAAAUAAUAUAUUCGAACCCUGAUUUUCUCCAUUACCGCCAAUAUUUCUAUUAUCUCUGCCAAUAUGGAAUUUAAACUGAUAAUCGCGUCUCUGUGCUCAUGUUAUAUGGCUACCUGAAGUGAUGUACUCACUGAAAUCUAUAAAUUCAUUAGUCAUUACAGAAAUCAACUGAUAUCUCUUAACCUUUUGGUUUUGGUAGUCGUUAGAUAUUACUGAUGUUUCUACAUCUGUGUGGAAAUCGGGCGAAACGUCACAUUCAUGGUUGACUUACUCCCUCCAUAGCCGUUCUUGAAAUAUAUCCUUAACUUUCUCAUCAUCUUUAUGUUGCUUUUUUGCAUCCAGAGGCAAACACGUCCCUUCAUUUGAAUAUGAUCAGAGUACAAACAUAUGCUCUAGAAUGAAUGACAUUCUUCUCUCGAGUCUUAUGGCAAUGCGGCUUAUCUGGACUCAUCGUUAAUUCUAUUUUGGGGGUCGCCAUGUUAGUCUUAAAUAUUGUGUCUGCUAAAAGUAGAUGGCUAUUUGACCAGUUACAACAUAAAGUCAUCGCUAUCUGUUAGCUGAUCUGCUACACCACAAGAACCACCUGUGUGCGUUUCAAGGAGGCUGGAUGUAUUUCUAGGCCAUAUAUUUUUUACUUUAUCUGAGUUUCAGGCAGCGGCUACGGUGUGUUCCUAUCUGUCUUCGCUCCGACUGUUCUAUUUAUUCGAACAGCGCACACGCUAUCGUCUAUCGGUAUCCAACCUAGGGGAACCUAUCCUGUUUCUAAAACCAAUAUUAUGCACAUGCUAGCAAGAUCAAAAGAAAUGGCACUCGAGUCUUUAGAUGCUUUAAGAGUAAAUGCCAGUUCUUCAUAUUAGCUAGGUAAUAUAAAGUGAAUGAUUACACUUAUAUCCUCUAUGUAGAUUUCGGAGACGCAGCGUAUGUUGGAAGCAUAAGGUGCUACACAGUUCUUAACCACUGAAGUCUGUUUUGACCUAAGGUUGAAACGCUUAAAUCCUUAACACGUAGUCUAGACCGUGAUUUUCGAAGGUCAGGGAUGACGUUUCAUGAACUCAACUCUUUAGCACCAGUGGUGCGUAGAGAUAAACUCAGGACGAAGGUCAGUAGUGAGGAUAGGUAAAAUUUCAAGAAGUGAAGAAGGAAUUCGAUAAUAAAGUGAUUUCAAAUUAUGUUAGAACGACGGACAACGUUCUCAACUUCCGUAGAGAGAGAGUUGGAAAAAUAGCUGAAUCAGUAGUAGUGAUCUUAAUGAUUUAAGAGCGUAGCUGUUACGCCUAAGGACCGACCAAACACGAUAUUUGUGCAAGUUCUUCAUGUGUUAGCUGUGUGUCUCUAAAAGCCUUAUUGUUGGUGACCGAAAUCUGUGGGAUAAGUUGAGGUCUUAUAUUUUUAUGGUUUACCUCUUCCAAAGCUAACCUUCCGUUGUGAGAAUGCAGUAUCACUGCGGAUGCUAGUUGUUUGAGGGAAAGACCAGACUGCCACCAUACCCCUCUACAGUCAGCAAUGCUCCCUCAAACCUUAAGUUACCUGCUUUAGUCUUAGUGCUCCUCAACAGACCUGCCUGGCAUGGUGAGUCUUAAAGGAAAAAAUAUUCCAACCAAUAUACUCAGAUUGGUUCAACAAUAUGGGCACUGCAUCAAGAUAGCAGCUAUUUAAUGUGCAUUCCAGAAGACUGACGCCAAUAUGGGUAAUGUUCGAUGCUGUUAUGACGUUAGUUUGUUUGUCAUGGGGUGAGCCUGGAACACCUUCAUGACAAGAGUUUUGCUGUUUUUAAGACCUGGCUUCCGAGUUUAGGUUAUGUGGUAAUUUCCUGUGUUCGGUCAUUGUUAUCUCCGAACAAUUGCUAAUAUCCAGUUUCAGCACUAUGUUGAUGGUGCUGCAGUUCGGUAACGUGCGACUGAGGGCAGGGCAGGGAAGAUAACUUAGUUGGUGUCAACAUCCUUGAACCGGCCUCGGUGUCUUGGACAUGUUUUUCGAGGGUCAUGCCAACGGCUUUCAGACCUCAUAUUAAUUAAUUAUUCUGAGAACGGUUAGAAAGAGCGAAGAGGUGGUCAGUUUAUUGCUUGAGACUAUGGUGCAAUCCAGUGUCCUAAGACGUGAUUAGACAUAUCUCAAAAUAGAACUACUAGCAGUCCUACUGUACUUUUAUCUUAUAACCAUAAAAAAUGAGAGCACAACUUAACUAAGAGAUUUCGGAAUUGCCUCGUUUGUAUUCUUAACUGAACUGUUUCUCUUAAAAUUGUAUUCAUUUAUUUACUCUGAAGCAGUGGCUUUCAGUAAAUCAUGAAACGUCAGAAAUGCAAAUUUCUACCCAUUGAGAUAUCAUCAAAAUUUGUAACAAUUUGAUAGUUAAGAACUUUCUAUCUAACGCUCAAUUUCUUUAGAAUUUUCAAGUCUCUGACCUUGGUAUUGAUACGUAGGAUGCGAAUAACGUCGUGUUUGUUGUUCAAGUAUACAGCUCAAAAUCUCCGAUACAAACUUAUCGCAGUUGCAUUUUGUUUUGAUAAUGUCAACAUUUGAAUAUCAACUCCUAAUCUAGAAUUAACUGUAUUUCAUAUUCAAACAAUACCACAUAACAUACUCUGCACAUUCCUUUUUAAUUUAUGGUCACUGCCUGGAAUCCCAAUAAUUACUUCAAGUAACCUUCCUAACGUGUAAAUUAAAUCUUCAGUGUAUCAAUGGUGAAACUAAGCGAUAAACUAUCAUCCUUGAUGAUGAUGGGUAGUCUGACUGAGUACCAGUUAUCAGUCAAUAAUUCCUCAUUACUCUUGAGGUGGACUUUAGUUAAUUAUAGAGAACAGUUUCAGUUAAUAAGUCUUUCACAGUUACUACAAUGUUAUGUCAUGCAACAUUUCUCCUGCAAUGUUCUCCAUAAAACCAGGUACUUUUGGAGCCAAUGGUACUGACAGUGCUUUAUAUAUGGAGUCAAUUAAAUCGCGAUGUUAUUGUUCAGUUUUGGUUUGGUAUGCAGUUCAAAGCAAUGUACUUUCCUUGGGUCUUGGUGAUAUUUAACUUAAUAGUGCGCGGGAGUGCGAUGAUGGAACUGGUUGGAAUUAUCGUUGGACAUCUUUACUACUUCUUCGUUUUCCAAUAUCCCCAAGAGUAUGGCGGCCAAGCUAUACUAAAGACUCCUAGUUUUCUAUACAGACUAUUUCCGAACCAAAGAGGUGUUGCAACCGGUUUUGGAGAAGCCCCACGCGCAAGACAACCGACUGCAACUACAGGGAGGUUUCCCGGACGCGGUCAGGUUUUGGGAAACAAUGAAUAG